GCUUUAUCUCUGUUCAAAGUAUCAGCCAGGCUAAAACCAAUAUUAAGUGAAAAAUAAGAAAAAAAAAUCAAUGGAGAAGGAGAACCUUUUUGAACAUAUUGUGAUAACAGAAAGUUGUAUUGAAGGUGAAUCCGGUGUAAGUGAAGCUGACAGAAACAAAGAAGAAAAAGUUCUAACUACAGAAAGAUGUGUUGAAGGUGAAUCCAAUGUACGUGAAGCUGACAAAAAUAAAGGACAAAAAGUUUUAAUUACUGAAAGUUGUAUUGAAGGUGAAUCUGGUAUAAGCGAAGCUGGCAAAGACAAAGAAGAAAAUGUUUUAAUUAUAGAAAGUUGUGCAGGAGAUGAAUCUGGGUUAUGUGAACUUGACCUGAACCAAGAACCACAUGAGGGUAUGCUAUUUGAAUCUGUACAAGCUGCAAAAGCUUUCUAUGAUGAAUAUGCUAGACGGGUAGGAUUUUUUACUCGAAUUAUUUCGUCUCGUAAGUCCGAGCUUGAUGGAUCAAUAAUCCAUCGUCGACUUGCAUGUAACAAAGAAGGUUUUAAUCAGAACAGACAAAAGAGUACACGUGUUCGGAUUCGAAAGCGUGAGAGUAAACGAGAAGGAUGCAUGGCAAGGAUGAACGUGAAGAGAGAGAAACCCGGGAGAUAUGUUAUCUCAAAAUUUGUUAAGGAGCAUAAUCAUCCUCUAUUAAUUACCUCAGGAAAGGAUCAAUCAUAUUCUGAUGACAAAGAUAAGAAAAUCCAGGAAUUAUCUUAUGAGUUGGACCAGGCAAAUGAAGAGUUAGUGGCUUGUCGGGAACUACUAUGUGCAUUCAUGACCGCUAUUGAGGAACACACGAACCACCUGUCGAGAACAGUUGAGAGUGCAGUUCAAAAUAUCAGAGAGGUGGAAUCUAGAGAUCACAGUCAUCAUUUGUAGCAUUCAUGGUUUUCUUCCCUCGAUAAUCUAUGAAAGGAUCUUCAGUUUUGUUGAAGCCUCGAACGAUUCUCAUUGGCAACUUAAAAGAAGACCAAUGAUGCAUCCCUCCUGGAGUAGAGAUUGUCUCAGCCAUGAGUAAACUUUAUGACCCUCUGCUUCAAUGGUUAAUUUCAAGCCCACCCAUCUCCUCCUGCGACCAUUCUUUCUGAUAUGUUCCUUAGUUCUUGGGUUAAUUCCCUGGCUUCCCUGCUCAAUAUCCAAAAUCUAAGCUUCAUUACUCUCAAUGCAUGGUCAAUGCUUUCAUGGAUGUCACAAUCCCUGAAGACUAUGUCUGAUGAUCAUUUUUACGCAGGGUUAAAUCUUGGAUGUGUAAAGGGUUGGGGUCUUUAAUUGCCUUUAACAUUCAUGAAGUGGGUUAUGGUUCUCAAGGGUCAAAUUAUGGAUAAAGUGAGAUGUUAAACCUUAAACUUCACCUAAUAAU